GGCUUUGAGCUGAGGCGCACAGAAUUCUCAAAGUUUUAUACAUCCUCCGCCCUAUUAUUUACAGCUUAAAGCGUUCGGAGGAGAGGAAAGGAAAGACGAGACAAAGUGUGUUGUGCGUUGGAACGGGACUUCGUGGGACUUGGGCUUCAAUGAAACUGCUCUCCGAAAAGUAGGCGGUAAUUGUCGGUGGAAGAUGGCGAUCAGCGAUUAGUUGCCGAAGGAGUGCGUUCGAUUGGAGGGGCACCUGGGAUUGAUGAGGAGCGGCGGCCAAUGAGAGCGCGUCAAAUGAAUGACCGGGCUCCAGUUAAAGGGGGCGUAAGAGGAGGUAGUGCCAGUCCACUGAGAAAGAGGGACCCUCCGAGAUAAACAUAGACAAGCGAAAGAAAUAAACAUUCCAAUUCGAGAUGCUUCAAGAACAAGGAAGACUCAGUAAGAUAAUAACUCGUAUUUUCGUGUAAUCCGAAAAUUACGACAACGACUCGGUUUGAAAGGAAACGGGCAAAGGAAUCUUUUCAUUUCGCUGCAUUGGGGAUUUUGAGUAACAAGUUAUCCGCGAGAAAAAUAUAGUCUAACUUAACCCGCGAAGCUUUUUUUCCUAUGAGCGGAUCGAACUUCAUCGCCUCAUGUCGUGUUCUCAAAUCUGGAAGUUAAUAUCCCUGUAGCGCAUUCGAUUUUGUUUCGUUACAUGUUUUGUUGAAGCGCCGCGCAUAGACUGCUUGAAAGAGAUUUGGUUUUGCUCAACGAAAGCAUGUUACUGGACGCUGGGCAUCAGUUCCCUGGUUUGGGAGUGGGCACCUUUGCCAGGCAUCAUCACUCCUCCAGUGAGAUGCAGGACAGAGACUUGAGUUUAGCGCAGAACAGCUUCGUCGACUCGGCGCACAUGGGCGCCUUCAAACUGAACCACGAUCUCUCGCCCGGACAGAGUUCUGCGUUCACGAGCCAAGCGCCCGGUUACCCUGCCGCGGCUCUGGGCGCGCACGCGGCUCAUGUCACCUCAUACGCGAGCUCGCCGUUUAACUCCACGCGGGACUUUCUCUUUCGCAGCCGUGGAUUCGGGGAAUCUUCACCGGCGGGAGGCCAGCACGCGCUCUUCGGCCCCACCGCCGGCUCGCUCCAUCACUCUCACACAGACAGCCAAGGCCACAUUCUGUUUCCGAGCAUCCACGAGCAGCAUGGAUCCCACGGCUCCCCAAACGUGCUCAACGGGCAGAUGCGACUCGGACUACCGGGCGAGGUUUUCGGGCGAUCAGACCAGUACCACCAGGUCUCCAGCCCGAGGACCGACCCUUACUCGGCCGCUCAGCUGCACAACCAGUACGGCUCCAUGAAUAUGAACAUGGGGAUGAAUAUGGCAGCGCAUCACCAUCACCCCGGUGCCUUCUUUCGCUACAUGAGGCAGCAGUGUAUUAAGCAAGAGCUGAUCUGUAAGUGGAUCGAUCCGGAGCAGCUCAGCAAUCCGAAGAAGAGUUGCAAUAAAACUUUCAGCACCAUGCACGAGCUGGUCACCCACGUCUCGGUCGAGCACGUUGGAGGACCCGAGCAGAGCAACCACGUUUGCUUUUGGGAAGAGUGUCCCCGGGAAAGCAAGCCUUUUAAAGCCAAAUAUAAACUGGUCAAUCACAUACGCGUCCACACGGGUGAAAAGCCUUUCCCCUGCCCGUUCCCUGGAUGUGGCAAAGUCUUCGCGAGAUCGGAAAACCUGAAGAUUCACAAGAGAACGCACACAGGGGAGAAACCGUUUCAGUGUGAGUUUGAGGGAUGCGACCGGCGCUUCGCGAACAGCAGCGACCGAAAGAAACACAUGCACGUUCACACGUCAGACAAACCGUAUCUCUGCAAAAUGUGUGACAAGUCCUACACCCAUCCCAGCUCUCUCCGAAAGCACAUGAAGGUUCACGAGUCAUCCCCAGCUGGAUCUGACUCGUCGCCAGCGGCAAGCUCCGGUUAUGAGUCCUCAACACCCCCCGGUCUGGUGUCCCCCUCCACCGAGACCCAAAGCAACAACAAUCUGUCGCCUUCCUCAGCGGUCCACAGUUCCAACAACCACAGCAGUUUAUCGUCCAAUUUCAGUGAAUGGUAUGUUUAAGACUGCGCCAUCCCAGGAGGAAUCAUUUCAGAAAACCAGGAGAUCCAUAUACAGCUUGUACAAAACGAACGCUUCUAUAUUACGCGCUUGUCCAGCAGGAUUAACAUUCCCACAUCGACAGGAGAACCGUGCGCAAAAGCGCUAAACGUCCUCUUUUUGUACAUACUACGCGCUCUCUUUCCCAAUGGUUGUUAUAGAUUUUGUCGGUUUUUUGGUGUAUAGAUGUUCCUUCAAUGGUAGCUAUUUCUCUAACUGGACUUUUUAGUGCACAUAUUACCAUAAAGUUGUAUUAUCAUAAUGAAUAUUGUGAUCCCAUUAUGGCAAACUGAUUGUAAACUAAACAACUAUUAACUGGAAAGAGUGCCAAAGUCAACAUUUAACGAAGACAGACACAAUAUUUGCUUGUGAAUGUAUAUCUUAGUUUGCUGGGCUUAACUUGUGAUGUUUUGUGCUUUGCAAGUUUGAAUUGUGAAAUAUAUUUGGAAGAUUGUGGGGCAAAUUAAUGUCGUGCCGUUAAAUAUCUGUAACUACACCCUUCUUUUUGUAAAUAUCGACUGCCAUAUUUAUCCAUUUGUAAUUAAAUUAUGGUAUUUACUUGCUACAGAUGAAACAAUAUUUAUAAAGAAUGUUUCUUUACUAUAAAUAUGUACAAUUAUGGGCUGAACAGGGGCAGUUGUUUUGUUAUAUGUGUUUUGUUCAAAGUUUGAGAAGUGUUUUCUCCAUUAUUGUGAUAAAAAAUUUACUGCAUACAGAUAUAAUAAAACGUGGUGCAAGUGUACAAUCUUUA